CCAACCACAACCGGCCAAAGCAACCGUCCCUCGAGACACAACAACACGCAGCACAACAACGGAAACACCAAGAACAGAGAUUAUUGUUUCUCCCACACUGGCAAAUCAUUCGAUCAAGCGCCAUGCCAUGCAGGGCCUGCAAGCGAUAAACAAUCAACCAACCGUCAAUGGCAAUGGAGAUGGCGAGCGCGCGGAGGCGAUCGGUAUCAUCGGCGAGGCAGAUCGUCACGAUCAGCGGCGGCGACCAUGUCGUCCUGUGGAGCGGCUGCGCGCUCCUCGCCUCGGCCUCGCUGCUGUUCAUCCUUCUCGCCGCCGCAGCCACUAAGUCCUCGGGCUUCAGGGCCGCCAGCAGCGAGCUCAGCGUCGUCUCGAAGAAGGACGGCGCUGGCGCCGGAGUCGGGGAAGAAGAAGAAUGCUACUGCGGCGAGGCCGGCCGCGACGGCAUGCUGGCCGAGGGCAAGUGGGUGCGCGACGAGAUGUACCACCCGCUGUACGAGCCGCGGGAGUGCCCGUUCGUCGACGUCGGGUUCCGGUGCACGGAGAACGGCCGGCCGGACGGCGGCUACGCCCGCUGGCGGUGGCGCCCCGCCCACUGCACGCUCCCAAGAUUUGACGCCAAGAAGCUGCUGAGGGUGCUCCGGAACCGGCGGCUGGUGUUCAUCGGCGACUCGAUCGGCCGGAACCAGUGGGAAUCAAUGCUCUGCAUGCUCUCCUCCGCCGUCUCCAAUUCCAACUCCAUAACGGAGGAGAACGGGAACCCGAUCAGCAAGCACAAGGGCUACCUCUCCUUCCGGUUCCCGGCGCCCCACAACCUCACCGUCGAGCACUACCGCUCCCCCUACCUCGUCCGCCGCGGGGGCCGCCCGUCCCGCCGCCAGCGCGCGCCGAGGCACGUCCGGUCCACGCUCCAGCUCGCCGCCAUGGACCCCAGGGAAAGCCGCUGGCGCCAAGCCGACGUCCUCGUCUUCAACUCCGGCCACUGGUGGAACCUCGACCGCCUCCAACAGCAGCUGCAUUGUUACUUCCAGGACGGGAAGAAGCUGCGGCUGGACAUGGGCGUGGAGGCCGCGUACCAGAGAGCCAUGGAGACGCUGCAGAGAUGGGUCCUGGAGGAGGUCGACGCGACCAAGACGCUCGCCGUCUUCCGGACGUACUCGCCGGCGCACAAUCGGGGCGCGAGUAACAAUGGCGGGAGCUGCGCGGCGGAGACGCUGCCGGAGUUGGUUGUAAACGGGACGAGGCGGUGGCCGGGGAUGAUGAUGCAGCCGGAGGCGUUUGGAGGACCCGGGGGAUUGCGCGUGCUGAACGUGACGAUGAUGACGGCGCAGAGGAUGGACGGGCACCCGGCGACGUACAACGUGGAGCCGUCGGCGAGGUUGAAGAUGAUGCCGGCGGCGGCGGGGGCGGGGGCGGGGCAGAGGGCGGACUGUAGCCACUGGUGCCUGCCCGGCGUUCCCGACGCCUGGAACGAGCUCCUCUACGCCAUGAUCAUCAACAAGUUCUCUUAACAUACGCACCAGCCACAAUGUUAUUACUUCACAGAUUCACAGUGUAGUGUAGACGAUUGUAAUACUGCGAUUCAUAAUUGAAGAAAGCUGGGAAGGAAGAUCACAGAUUCUGAGAU